GCCAUUCUCAUCACCACCUUCGCUUCCGUGAUCGAGAAGAAUGGCAGCGGCGACGAACGGGAUGUGUGCCUCGCCGGCCGAGGAGCACCUGCGCAAGGCCAUCGGGUGGGCGGCCAUGGAUCCCUCCGGCGUCCUCUCUCCCUUCAACUUCUCUCGAAGGACUAAUGGAGAUGAUGAUAUUACUUUAAAGAUAUUAUAUUGUGGGAUAUGCCACUCAGACCUACACACCAUCAAGAACGAAUGGGGAAUAACCAAAUACCCUGUAGUUCCUGGGCAUGAGAUCGUUGGUGUUGUAACUGAAGUUGGCAAGAAUGUUACAAAAGUUAAAACCGGAGACAAAGCUGGUAUUGGCUGCGUAGUUGGUUCUUGCGGUUCUUGUGAAAAUUGCAAACAGGAUCUGGAGAACUACUGUCCAAAGAUCAUAUUCACCUAUGGUUCUGUAUACCAUGAUGGAACAAGGACUUAUGGUGGAUAUUCCAACAUGAUUGUGGUUAAUGAGCACUUUGUUAUUCGAUUCCCUGAAAACAUGCCCCUAGACAAGAGUGCUCCUCUGCUCUGUGCUGGAAUCACUGUCUACAGCCCAAUGAAAACCUUUGGGCUGAAUGAACCAGGUAAGCAUUUAGGUGUGGUUGGUCUUGGUGGACUUGGGCAUGUUGCUGUGAAAUUUGGAAAGGCAUUUGGGAUGAAAGUUACUGUCAUCAGCUCAUCUCCUAACAAGGAAAAGGAAGCUAUUGAAAUGUUGGGAGCUGAUGCAUUCCUACUUAGCAGCAAUCCUGAGAAGAUGCAGGCUGCUAUGGGGACCAUGGAUGGUAUUAUCAACACAGUGUCUGCUGUUCACCAGCUUAUGCCCUUAAUCUUUCUGCUGAAGACCCAUGGAAAGAUGAUCUUGGUGGGAGCCCCAGAGAAGCCAUUGGAGCUACCAGUUUUCCCUUUGAUCAUGGCUGGGAGAAUAUUGGCUGGAAGUUGCAUUGGGGGAUUGAAGGAUACCCAGGAAAUGAUAGACUUCGCCGGAAAACACAACAUAACUGCCGAUAUCGAACUCAUCAAAAUGGACUAUGUGAAUGAGGCCAUUGAGAGGCUCGCUAAGGCUGAUGUGAGGUAUCGUUUCGUCAUCGAUGUAGCAAAUUCUUUAUCUGCUGCAUAGAUGCUAAUCUGAUGUUUAGACAGACUGCAAAAUUGAGCUUGUUUUGUGUGUUCUUUAGCUACAUUUCUUUUUGGAACUCUUUGAUGUGAACUUUAAUGCAUGGUAUUUGAUAAAAGGAAGAAAUCUAAGGCUUAAUUGCUUUAACAAGAGUGACUCCAUGUCACUUGUUUU